AUGAAGGUUGUCAAAAAGACGGAUAAGGAAGUAUGGUACCGAGGUUACGGGACGGAUCCGUAUGUUUAUUAUGCCUGCAAAGGUCCAAAGAAAGAGUUUCUCGGAGGGACGUUUGAGGUGGAGUCGCACCAAGAUCUGGAAAGGGCGGCCAAUCUGCCCACAGGCAGCCCUAUCCAAGAAAUGAGAGACGCCCCCGGAGGAGGCUUCAUGGUCACCGUUAAAGAUCCCGAAGGGUUCCCGAUCAAUCUCGUCUACGGUCAGUCACCAGCAGCACCAGGUGAAUAUCCUCCCAAGCUUGUCGUCAACUACGAGUCAGACAAGCCUCGCGUCCGCCACUUUCAGCGCUUUGUUCCCGGCCCGGCAGCCGUCCACAAACUGGGUCACUUCGGCCUGUGCGUCCGAAACUUCCAGGACAUGGUUACCUUUUACACAACAACUUUCAACCUCGUGCCGAGCGACUUCCUCUACGUUGAGAAAGACGGCAACAAGAAGAACGUUGCUCUCUUCGCGCACAUCGAUCGCGGCGCAGACUACGUCGACCACCACAGUUUCUUCAUGAGCACCAAUCCCACCUCGCAUGUACACCAUUGCUCGUUUGAGGUGCAUGACUUUGACACGCAGAAUUUAGGACACCAGUGGCUGGCACACAAGGGGUAUGAGCCUGUGUGGGGUGUCGGACGACACAUCCUCGGGUCGCAGCUGUUUGAUUACUGGUGGGAUACCACUGGGAACAUGAUUGAGCACUAUGCGGAUGGGGAUUUGGUGAAUGAGGAGACGCCGGUCGGGUAUGGGCCCGCGGGCGAUGAGUCGUUGGCUGUCUGGGGCCCGCAGGUGCCUAAGUGGUUUUUAGACUAG